UUUACUGAACUAAAACCUGCUUCUGUGUGGGACAGUCUUCAUUUCGACUUGAGCCUUCGGCCACAUAGGAUUUACGCGUUGUUCAUUUCUAGUUACUUCUUUACUUUGUUUUUUUUUUCUAGUAUACAACUUCAGUGCUGAAUAGAAUCACAGAUAAUUAAAUUAUUAUGUGAAUAUAUAGUAUAUAGACAGUGAUAUAAUAUAAUAGUUUACUUUAGUGUGUGAGUACCACUAUACGGUAAUAGUCCAAAUGUGCUCAUAAUUUACUAAGAAAAGUUAGCUCAAAUAUUUAAUGAUAGCGAGUGUGUGUUUACAUAAAACAUCAAUGGGCAUCUUCUAACUUUGAUGACAGUUUAAGUUUGUUAAAUUUAGUUUCAAGAUGAACUCAAAUUCUGAGAUUUUUAUUUUCACUGAUCCAGAGCCCACGAAUAACAAUGAAGGAAAGAGUGAGCAGACGGUGCCGGAAAGCUGUCGUCAUGCCGCCCACGCUGAGGUACAGGUCCAGCAGUAACAGCAACAGCCGAGUGAGAAACCGCCCCGGCGCACGCAUGCGUAUGAGGGCUUGGCUGGAGAAACUCCUCAACGACGAGUCUUGCCGAGGACUGGAGUGGAAAAACCGCGAGAAAAAGGAGUUCACCAUCGUCUGGCGCCACGCCUCUAGUCACGGCUUUGUCGAGUCGGAACACGGGGAUGUUUUUCUAAAAUGGGCCCAGCACACAGGAAAGAUCAACCAACAAUCUCCUGGAAACCACUCCAGUAACAAAAGCAACUUCCGGUGCGCCUUGCACAGUCUCAAAGACUGCAUUGAGCUAACUGGCAAGGGGGAUAAAAAGGGGGAACAGGCCAAACGAACCUUCAGGUUUAUUGAUCCAGGCCACCCUGAAUACAACAAAAAAAGGAAAGCAGGAAAAAGGUCACAGAAGUCAUAUGCCACAGGAGAUGACCAUGACACCAAACCUUCAUACCUGCAUGAGAUCAAUGACUCUGAGAGUGGCUGCAGCUCCACAGACAGCCUGCCGUCCACAUCUACAGCGCAGGCGCUCUUCUCUGGAAAAAGUUUAAACUUACACCACAGUGAUAUACACUACCCUGACACCUCUAGCCUGCAGGCGCCAGUGUCUUUCAGCCAGGCCACCACCGCAGCCCUCACUGGCUUCACGUUCACACCAUCCACCCACAGCGCCACGUCAAGAAACACUGUACCAAAGCUGGACAUGCUGCUGGCGCCCUCUUCUGGAUCUCAUCAAGCUGAAAACCCCAGUGUGAGCCAAUCCAACUUGGGCGGUUCCCCAGUAACUAUCACAACUGAAACCAGCCCUGAUGGAAUUACAACCAUAAUUCUUCAGGCAACAAACUCUUUUACUAAUUCCACAUCCACCUCGCAGCUAGACUCUGUAACACAGAGGGACAUAAAAAUGGAGCUGUCGCCUAGCCUCACCACACAGCAGGGGACAAGUGACACAUAUAAAUCAUUGUACAACCCUCUGAAUACAAGACUAAACUGUGGAGGCCAAGUGAAAAUUAAAGAAACAAAACCAGAGACUUUGCAGUUACCAGAGUACCAGAUUCCAACAAAUACGAUCACAACAAGCUUGGCCCCUGUCCAUGCAGAAGAAUUUGAGAUUGCUUAUACAAUGGAAAUUGAAUCACAAGAUGACAACAAUGCAAGCAUGACUUUAAAUCAAGAGAAUAACUAUUCCCACAUGGGUCAAGCUCCCGACUUGAUAAAUUAUGAUGACAAUCCUAAUGGGAACAAUGUUGAGGUGUACUCCUCCAACAUGGAGAAUUACCAAGGCGUUGGCAUGGAACAAAGUGAUUUCGCACAGCUUGAUUUCUUGCAUCAAGAUGUAAGUGUCAAGCAGCAUUUCCUGAAUAUAUGAAAAAGUAUAGAUUUUUAGCUUAGAGUCAUGUUGAAGUUUUGGCUGAAGGACUUCUUUCAGAACUCUGGAUGAAAAGCUGAAGAUUUCAUGCAAACGGCAUAUUAGUUUUAGUUGAUCUAUUGCUUGAGAGCAUUCCAAGAACUAACUUAGCUAUAACAUUGCAAGUAUCAACUGUACUAAAUGCACCAGGAUAUUUUAACAGAUUAAUAUUUAUGAAAUGUGUCAUGGUGGUGAAAUUACUAAUUAAUUUUCAACAGCAUUUCCGAGAAUAGACAAGAGAAGCUACCUCACUAAUUAAUUCACCUGAUGAAUGCUGUUAAUGUCAAUUAAUUAUUCUUAAGAUUUGUAAUUAAAACUAGAACCAGUGUUAAGGUUUACAUAAUGCAAACUUAGUUAAAAAUAAACAAUUAUGAUUAUAUACGUAUGAGAAAGAAGAAUUUUUAAAAUUGCUGAGUUGGUUAUGCAUGAGGUCUGGAAGAUUCAAGUUUCUUAUUCCUGUAGCAUUGAUAAAUGAUUUUUGUGUGACUACAUGUCUAUAUUGGCAGCAACGUCAGUGAAUCAUCCAAGCUGCUUUAUCCAUUUUUAUUCAAAUUUGUUUCGCUAAAAAUAUAUGUCCAUAAUGUAAACUUUAUUGGUUGAUGUCAAACAUAUUUUGUACAUGCCAUACAUAUUUGGAUAUUUUAGUCAUGGUUAUGACCAAAUAUUCUAUAAUUUUCAGAAAAGCCAUUUUCAUGUAUAGAAAUACAAGACUAUUGGCACAUUUCUAAUGUGAAAAACCAUAGAGUAGUAUUAACUACGAAUACAGUAUAAAUAACUGUACUCAGCCCAUGUUUUAAAGUGAUUGAGGCAUUUGUUUUAAGCCAUGUUGUAUAUAUAUAUAUAUUAUGUUAACAAUAAAAAUAUAUUUUUAUCAUUUCUCAUAAGGUUUUGGUAUAAUCUGGUGUGUUUAUGGUUGAAACUAGAAAUAUGAAAAAUAUGAACUCAUUUUGUAUCUGUUAUCCAAGUACAGAUUUAAAAGAACAUGGCAGAAUUUUACAUCAAGCUUGACAAUCAACUUAAUGAAAAUGACAGCCUCUGUCCUUUGAAAUAAUGUAACAGCUACAAAAUAGAAGAGUAAAUGUUUUUGCUUGCAAAUUACAAUUCCUUUAAAGUCUAGUUGAAUUUUAAAUCAUUUUCUAGAUCUACUUGAUGAAGACUUCGGCAUAAUCAAUGCUGGAUUUGUUGAGUGUUUGUGUAACUUCCAAUUUUCUCUCUUCUCAACACUUGAUGUCAUCUAUUAAAUGUGAAUAUUUAGUUUUCAGAAAAAAUAAACGAAUAUACUAUG